AUGGUAAGCAAGAUGAAUGCGUAUUGGAACACUGAAGAAGCUAGAGAGAAGAGUGCAACCACAUCAGGGGCUCGGAUGUCUGAACGUAAGGGUCUUGGUCCUCACAUCUACUUAUCAGGCCAUAAGUCUUAUCUCCAUAUCCAACAAGAGAUGGAAGAAGAACUGAGAAGACCGUUGAGUCUUGGUGAAGUUUUCAUCAAGACUCAUACAAAAGCAGAUGGUACUUUUUUAAACCGAAAGGCACAGAGCGUGGCUGAAAGGUAUCAGAAGAACUUGGAAGCUAGAAUGUCUGAACUCAGGACACUAGAUGAUGAUAACUUAGAGGAGCUAACCGUAGAAGAGGAAAACGACCUAUUUUCAGGAGUUCCAUAUGGAAUUGGAAACCUCUCACAGUCGCAUGUCAAUGGGAAGAGGACGUACUCGGGAAGCUCUUCAAUCUAUCAAACUCUGCAAGAACAGCUUGAUGCAGCUCACCGAAAAAUAGAAGAACAAGCAGCAGCGAAUACAAGGCGGGACGCUGAGCUUACAAAAGUUUCUGAAGUGCAGCAAGCCAAGGUCAAGAAAUUAUCCUUGGUCAAGAAGUAUUUGGCUAAAACUGAUCCACAGUUUUUGGACUUUUUGGCUGCAAAUAAAACCUCAGAUUUUCCAAAUGAUGGUCCGAUGACUGCUGCUCCAGAAAAUGCUGCUCCGGCCUCUUUUUCUAAUCCAACCACUCAGCCCUCAGCAGCAUAG